AGGAGGUGGAGAGAAAUGUCCUUUUGUAGGAUCACGGGGAGGAGCAGGGGCCUUCCCAAGCCGAAUUAUUUCCCCUUGCUUCCUCCUAUCAGUCCAGCCGAUGCUAAACGCUUCUGUCGUAUCACCGGUAAAUCUUACGGCCUUCCGACUCAUCAUUACAUUCCAGUACUUCUCGGCGUUCAUUCGCACGACAAGUCUAAAUGUAAGAUUACGAAUGCCGCCGGAUUUGGUCCUCAUCAUUAUACCGCUGGCCUGAUACUCGGCGAGAAAAAGAAGCACGUUGUUUUGAAAGAUUAUCGUUACGUGUUUCCGAUUCUCGAAGGAGAAAAUGACCAACAAAGAGCUCUGAGAGAUCUUUUAAGGACGAAGAAGCCGUCGGUAGAGGAGGAAGAUCACAAAUUCGUUUACACGGUCGAAGAACGAAGAUGCAGUUUAGUUUUUCCGGCCAGAUUGGAAGCGGCUGUACGAGAUGGUGAUGUUAAGGACGUUAUGCUCUCUCGAGACUGCGAUACAGUUCUCUUGAGACUGAAGCAAGGGAAAAAUGUAUCCGUCGAUUUUAAGAACUUGAAGGAUUUCGAGAAUCUUUACGACGGUCUUGGACCAAGCGAAGAAGUCCUGAAGGAACGCGAGAGAUUAGAGGCUGAAGCCAGGAAACGCAAGAGAAAGAGACAGGCGGGUCUUAGUUAUGCGAAGAAGAUCUUUGAGGAAAAAGAAAAGGCUGCGGAGGAAGAGGAACUUCAAAAAACGAAGCAUCUCAGAUUGAGAAGCGUUAAGGAGGAGGAAGUUCAGGAGAAAGAGAUUGAGAACUGGAAACGAAUCGACUUGGAAGGUGCUAGAUUAAGGGCUUGCAAUAUAAUUGCCACGACAAAUCUGUUGAAGGAUUCGUUCGACGCUUUUCCAGAAUCUUUGGAUUUGAGCACGUUCUCGUCGGAGGGUGUACCGUUAACGAAUAAAUUGCCUACUCCAAUUAAGAUAGAACCCCAUACGUUUGAUCAGAGUACCGAAUUAUCGAGUACUUCGCCGAUUUCCGAACACACCGGCGGUUUCGAGGCUAUCUCGAUGGUGAAACCACUAACACCUUUGAGAAUAAAAUCCGAACCUGGUCUAGAAUCUGCCCUCACGAAUAUUUCGGUUAACGACUUGAAAGGAACCUCCAAUGUAAAUGCCAAGUUCACGGAAGCUGGCGAGACGGCACUCGAACGUCUUCCCAGAGUCGAGGAAAUUCCUGCUUUAGUGGAAAAAAUCAAGUGCGGAGAAAAGACUACGAUGCACAAAGUGAAAGGUCUAAAGUUGGAUAUCAAAAGUGCUCAAAGAUUUGUCACUGGUCAAACAGUGGAGACGCCGAUAGGUCCCAUUUUUGUUCCAGGGCAAACUUUGGAAACGCCUCAAGGCCCCGUAUUCGUUCCUGGUUUCACGGUGAAUACACCAGAUGGACCACUUUUAAUUCCUGGUCAAAUCGUGAAAGUUAAGGAACAGAAUGGCACAGAGACACCAUCGUUCGUCGCUGGACAAACUUUGGCAACGAGUAAACAGGGCGUGCAAUUUAUUCAGGGACAAACGUUUCACAACAGAGAUGGAAGUAGAUUCGUGCAAGGUCAAACUGUAUUGACCGACGAAGGGCCAAAGUUUGUGGCCGGUCAAAUAGCUGAUAACGGAAACUUCGUACCUGGACAAACCAUUCUCACUUCGGAUGGUUUGAAGUUUGUUCCUGGACAAACUAUCACGGAUCAUCAAGGAGAACAAAUUUUUGUACCCGGAGAAAGCGUUAAAACUACCGACGACUGGGAAUUCGUACCAGGGCAGUGUAUUCGAUCUCCUAAAGGGGAAACAAAGUUCGUACCUGGUCAGACGAUGGUAACAUCGCAAGGUGGUCAUUUCGUUCCUGGGCAAUUUGUUACGGAAGACUCUGGAGAGGGACACUUUGUGCCUGGAGUCAUCAAAGAGUCUCACGAGAAUGGUCUUCAAUUCGUACCGGGCAUGACGUUAGACACACCAAAAGGAACAAAAUUCGUCGAGGGACAUAUUUUGAAAACACCAGAAGGGAAAAUAUUUGUUCCUGGACAAACAAUACUCACCGAGGAAGGAUUUCAAUUUGCCGCUGCUAGUAAAUUUGACGAGGUUGUACUAGCGGAAGCAGGACCAGUAGGCAUACCGAUAGACUCGAAGACAGCUAACGCGAGUUCGAUGUUCAAUCAGAAAGAAAUUUUCGGUCAUAUGGUUCAAACGGACAUAGGUGUCGAAUUUAUACCGGAAGGCUCGAGAAACUUACCAACGGGAAAGAGAAUCGUCCCGGGGCAAUUGGUACGCGGUGGAAAAGACGAGCCACGAUUCGUACCGGGUGUUAUGACGGAGGAUGGUUUUCUUCCUGGUCAGAUAGUAAUGACGGAAAAGGGGGAACAAUUCGUGCCAGGUCAGGUGAUCGAUACAAGCGGCGGGCCAAAGUUCGUCCCGGGACAAAUGGUUGAGACGCGUACAGGACAAAAAUUCGUUCCCGGGCAGACCGUCGAAACGGCCGACGGGCCGAGAUUCGUGCCUGGUCAAAUCGUUGAUACGAAGGUUGGACCAACUUUUAUACCUGGCCAAGUGAUCUCCACGGAAGACGAGGGUUCUCGUUUCGUGCCUGGACAGGUCGUUGACACUCCGGACGGACCUCGUUUUGUGCCAGGACGGGUCGUAGAAUCGGGAGAGUCCGGGAUAACUUUUGUAUCGGGUCAAAUCGUACAAACGGAGGAAGGUCCGCGUUUCGUAGCACCAGAUCUGACCGAUACGCCGGAAGGCGAAGUGGAAUUUUCCGUUCAAGGAUUCGAGGUUACUCCGGAGGAAUUGCGUCUUCUCAGGCCAAACCAUUUGCAUUACAAUCCGUAUACCUUGUAUCACGGAGAAAGUAGCAUAGACGCUAGGAUGUUGCGACAAUUAUCAGAAGCUGGCUUGUCGAUUGGUAGAAAGGUACUUGCAAAUUUACCCGCGGUAGACGUGGACGUCGAUCCAAAGGCUGUAGCUUUAGAGCAAGCCCUGGUGAUGGCAGAGAAGCUUGGAUUGCACGGCAGUGCGGCUGUAAAAAUGGCCCAGGUAGUUUCUACCGUGGCACAGCUGGCGAGAAACAUCGUGCAACAGCAAGAACGAGACGGCAAUCGAUCGGACGUGAAAGGCUUGACGAAUGGUACCAAAUCGCCGAUCACGAUUAAUGGUGUCAAGGACAAAACGACGAACGGCGAGAAAGAAAAUACGAGGGAUGAUUGGCUACGAGAUGCGAUUAAAACAGCGAUGGCGUCUGCAGUUUUAGCGCUAUCCGGUACGUCCGACGAUAACGAAAAUGUGAAACAAGACUUGGUUUAUUCCUCGAUUACCGAGGCGUUCAAUGUGUUGUUACGUCAGAAAGACGAGAGCAUGGAACGAUCGGUGGACAUGGUCCUUCGUAUUCUCCUGAUUCCUCAAAAUCGUAGUGAACUUUGCCAAAGUACUAUGUUGGAAUUGAUGGACGACACGAAGAAUAAUAAAGUGGAUAUAUUGAAAUCUACGAUAAUAGGUCAGACGUUGAAAGACGACGUCGUACUCGAGAGAUUGUCCAUGGUUCUCGAAGAAGAACAUGGGACGGAUUUGAUCGUACCAGCGUUCAGAACGGUAUCGAAAAACGAUCCGGAAUUGGUUUCGCGAGUUCUUCAAAAAGUAUCCGAAGAAGUGGCGAGCGUAGCAACGGAGAAAGAAGCUGCCGAGACGGUGCACAAAGCGAUAGUCCAAGCUGUCCGAGAAUCGAGCGAAUUACGGGUGAAAGAAUUGUUGAACGACGAGGGUAACAACGUGCGGGAAAUGCUACUUCAAGCCGUGGGAUUGGCUCGUGCUCUUGGAAUGUCCAGCACGGCUAGUAGCCUUUUAGCCGUGAUCAGCGAUGAUAAAUCUACUCGUGCUUUGGCCAGUGACAGGGUCACCUUGGACGUGUUAAAGAGAUUGACGAUUAUGAGAAAGUUAGCCGAGGAGAGGCCACCUUUCAUGAACGCUCUCGGACAGCUCUGCAGCGAUCCGGAAUUGGCCAGAACGGAUCCACGCCUUAGAACUCUCGUUAGGGAAAGCGCAGCACUGAUGAUAGUUCCGGAAGAAGCUCCGUUGCAAUCGUCGGUCGACGUACCAACGGCGUUGCUUCACGCUGACAACAGUUUAGCCAUGGAGGAAUUCCUUAUGAGAAGAAGUCAUAAACCAACGUCGAUCUUUAUGAUACUCAAGCAAGGCUUGCAGGCCGUUGUACCUAGGGAGGCCUCGAGAUCGGUCUUAACCGGAGAAGUAGCCUACACUGUUCUCGACGAAGACGGUAUUCAUCAUUUCGAGCCGUUACACGUAUUCUCGGCUCUCAGAUUAAAUCGGCCAACCGCCCAUCGUUUUUCCAUGUACUGUUGCCCCGUCGCCAGGGAAGAAGAUAUCGAUGCUGAAAUGACGUCCACGUUCACCGGAACAAUCUCGAUAACUAGCAGUCUCGAAGGCUCGGCUAAUGGACUCUGUCAGAAGCAAGAUAACGUUCCCGUUGCUCUGUCAAGAUCCGAUAGGUCUUUCGGUAUUUCGGGUAGUAGGGAAAAUACACCUAGCUUCAAGAGAUUAAGCAGUAUCUGUCAGGAGAAUGUUAACGAACGGAAACCAUUGGACAAUUACAUCGUCGUAAAGGAUUAUACGAACGAGACCGAUGGCUUUACGGUGAACAUAGGUGAUAUCGUGGAAGCUUUCGAAUACGCCGAUCAUGCAAAGAAAAUGAAAAUGGAUCCAGAAUUGGAAAUUGGUGAAAUCUACGGUAUAUUGGACAAUUCGGCCGCAAGACACAAGCUGUCCAUUCGACCUCGUCGAAAGUAUACUGAUCCGCGAGCACGAAGUAUUACAAGGUCGAACUCGGACAGUAGCCUCCAAAGAGUCUACGUUCGUACAGCCGAUGGAAGAGAAGGAUGGCUACCAAUGUCCAUUCUAAUGCAAACUACUCUCAGCGAAGAAAGUUCUGCCAUGGCUGGUCAUCAUCGACCAGAAGACUCUCAUUAUCGAAGAGAGGCAGUGGUUAAGGAACUUGUCGAAACGGAAGAGGAAUUUGGGAGAGACAUUCAAUUGGUCGUUGAACGUUACUUGAAACCACUCGACAAUCCAGACGUUCCACGUAUAGUUCGCGAUAAUAAAGACAUCAUCUUCACGAACCUGAAGCAAAUCGCAGACUUUCACAAUACAUCGUUCGGCAGGGUGUUGAUCGAGGGUGUUAAGUACUAUGCGGAUCAGCCACGCAUGUUGGGAAAAACUUUCUUGAGACUGGAACGUGACUUCGACAAACAUGUUGCAUAUUGCCGGGACGAACCGCUUGCUCAGGAAUUUCUUCAGAUGAACGAUCAAGUACGAGAAUACUUUGAGGAGCUGAGCCAGACUCUCGGUGACGACAAGAGCGUAUCAGAGCACUUAAAGCUUCCGAUACAACGCAUAAACGACUACCAGCUUCUACUCAAGGAACUGGUGAAGUAUUCGACACGACUAGGUGAAAACUGUGACGAUCUCCAAAAAGCUUUGGAGUUGAUGCUAGGUAUUCCUCACAGAGCAACCGAUAAUAAAUUUAUUAGUAAUAUCGAAGGAUACAAAGGCAAUAUACAUAAACUUGGUAGAUUGCUAACACACGAGUGGUAUACAGUUAUCGACAAAGACGGAAAAAGUAAAGAAAGGUACCUAUUUCUCUUUAAAGCUCGAAUUCUCGUCUGUAAAGUUAGACGAAUUUCAGAGGACAGAUCAGUUUUCGUCCUAAAGGAUAUUAUUCGAUUGCCGGAGGUAGAAUUGAAGGAUCAUCCGGAUAAUUUACGUUCUUUUGAAUUACACAAUCCAAGUCUUCCUGGCUAUCCCAUCACUUUAAUAGCACACAAGGAUCCGGUGAAAGCGUAUUGGUUGAAAGAAAUUCGGCAAUAUGCCAGCGAUCUAGUCGCUUUAGCGGAACACGCAGCAGACGAUUUACAAUUAGAAGAAGUACCAGAGGGAAAAGAGGAAAUUCAAAUUCAGGAUUCUUCAAAAGCAGAAACAAUAAAAGGGAAUCCUGAACCGCCAAAGCCAGAAGCAAUCAAAGACAAUCCAGGAGCACCAAAAUCAGAAGCAGUAAAAGGGAAUUCAGGGCCAACAAAGCCAGAAGCAACAAAAGAAAAUCCAGGACCACUUCAAACGACAAAUCCGUCAAAUCCAAAUCCCCAAAAAUCUAAUCCUUCUAAUCCAGAAAAUCCAUCGAAUCCCAGUCCACAAAAGGACAAUCCAUCGAAUCCUGAUCCACAAAAAGGCAAUCCAUCGAAUCCUGAUUCCCAGAAGGACAAUCCAUCGAAUCCCGAUCCCCAGAAGGACAAUCCAUCGAAUCCCAAUCCCCAGAAGGACAAUCCAUCGAAUCCUGAUCCACAAAAGGCCAAUCCAUCGAAUCUUGGUCCCCAGAAGGACAAUCCAUCGAAUCCUAGUCCCCAGAAGGACAAUCCAUCAAAUCCAGAACCACCGAAUCCAAUAACCGCAACCAAAGCUGUAGAAGGGAACAUGUCUCGUCGAUAUUCCUCGAGUCGCUUCAGCGCCUCGACGAAGGUCGUAGAGGAGUAUUCAUCGGUAUCAAGCAGUCGUACUGGUGCCACUUCGUACGUCGAAUCAUCCUCAUCGACUAGUGCCGCAAUGAUCUCCUCGUCCGUUCUUGGUAGCGAGAAAAUCAAUGAAACCUCGAGCUCGUACAAAACAGCCACCAGUGGAGGUUUAGAAUCUGCUGCUGAUAGUAAAGCGAAAAUUUCAUUAGGUACAACUGAAACUGGAAAACCUAUCUUCCUCAAAACGAUCGCAGGAUGUAACGUUGAACCGAGUCGAGCAAAAAAGGCUUUGAUACACGCCAUAGCCGGAGAAGUCGCUACGUUUGAAUGUACCUUGGUGUCGGCCGACGAGACAACGAAGAUACAAUGGCUUAAGGACAACAAGCCAUUGCACGAUAAAUUAGCGGAUCGUGUGAUUCAAACGUCUGACGAUAAAAGCUUCAAACUUCAAAUACAAAAUGUUCACGAAUCAGAUUCCGGAAUUUAUAUUGCCCGUGCUAUGAACGGGGAUGGCCAAGCAACUUGUACAGCACAGUUGGUUGUCCAAGAACUAACUCCGGAGGAAAAGAAAGCACGAGCGGAAGCAAACUCUCCAAUUUUCUUAGUACGUCUAAAGGAUACUGAAUUAUUGGAAAACACUUAUUUACGUUUCAUGAUCAAAGUGAAAGGAAAUCCAAAUCCUGAACUUAAAUUCUAUAAAGAUGGUGCACUAAUCGAUUCGAGAAACGCACGUGUAACAAUAAUAACGGAAAAAGCGGAUAAAGGAUUUUACGAAAUGGUAAUACCGGAUGUACAAAAAGUCGACGCUGGUAAAUACACCUGCACAGCGAUGAAUCGUUACGGUGAAGCAACUUGCGAGGCUACGGUAACCGUGACAGAAGAUAAACCGAUGUUUCCUGGAUUACCGGAAGGUCUUUUGGAACCGGGUGAAGAGCCUCAAUUCACUUGGCUCCGCGAUGGUCAACCUUUUGAUCCUGAAGAAAGGUUCAAAGUACUUUUCAAAGAUAACGAGGACACUCUCGCUUUGGUGUUCCAACAUGUGAAGCCUGAAGAUGCUGGCUUAUACACUUGUGUUGCUCAAACGAGCACAGGUAAUAUAAGUUGUAGCGCAGAGUUGACUGUACAAGGCGCUGUUAAUCAAUUACUGAGGGAUCCAGAGAAACCUAAACUCGAAUCGGAAUCAAAACAAUCAGAAGUAAGCGCGGGAGGUUCUGCAAUGUUGGACUUGCAAGUGAAGGGUUAUCCUAAGCCGGAUAUCACAUGGACCAAAGACGGGAAGGAAAUCGUUGCUGGUGGAAGAAUAAAAUAUCUUUGGGAAGACGAAGAAUCUCUAUCGUUGGUAAUAAAGCAUGUAACGACAAAAGACGCUGGUGUCUAUACGAUAAGAGCAAAGAACGAGCUCGGAGAGGACACUACAGAAAUCGAGCUUAUCGUAAAGUCCGCUCCAAAAGUGAUCAAGAAACAAUCGAACGCUACAACAGUCGUGGAAGAAAGUUUGACGAUGACCGUUCAGGUAGAAGGUACUCCAACACCAGAAAUAAAGUGGUAUAAGGAUGGACAAUUGAUUCAAGAAAGCGAACGUAUCAAAAUAGAAAAAGAAGGAAGUGAUAUAUACAAACUCGUGAUCAAAAGUGUUCGUAUAGAAGAUGCUGGAUCUUACUCGAUCGUUGCUCGAAACGAGAUCAAUCAAACAACAGAGAUAUGGAAUCUUACCGUAAAGAGCCCACCAAAAAUUAGGAAGAGACUAGGUAGUAUCCCGGUAAUUGACGAAGGCGACACUUUGACUCUGCUAAUCGAAGUAGACGCAGAUCCAGAGGCUACAGUGAAGUGGUACAAGGAUGAACAAAUUGUCGUCGAGGAUGAGCGUAUCAAGAUCGUUCGAGAAGGGAACAAUUAUAUGUUAAAAAUUACCGGUACAGUCGGCACCGAUGCUGCAGUAUAUAAGACCGAGGUGAUUAACGCGCAUGGUACUAUUUUGGAUCAAACCAGAGUCCAGGUAAGCGGUGUACCAAGGUUCAAAACGAAACUGAUCGACGUUUCGGUCAACGAAGGUGACGCUAAUGUCGAAUUAGCGGUUGAAGUCGAUGGUUAUCCAAAACCAAGCGUUCAGUGGUUCAUCGAUGAUGUAGAAAUCACAGAAAAGCGUACAGAGUACACUCGCAUCGAAGAAGGUGAUCGUUACAAGCUCGUCAUGAAGGACGUGAAAGCCGAAAUGACGGGUAGUUACACUUGCAAAGUUGAGAACGAAUAUGGCGAGAAUAAAUGCCAUGCCGACUUUGUCGUGAAGACAAGGCCAAAACUUCUGAAGAAAUUGACCGAUCAAAGGAUCAAAGAAGGCGAUACAUUAAAAUUAACAGUUGAAAUAUCUGGCACACCUGAACCCGAAAUAAAAUGGUACAAGGACGGACAGGAGGUAUCGGCUGAUGCAAGAAUUAAAAUCACUAGGGAUAAGCAAAGAAAGGAAAGUUACGAUCUGACGGUAACUUUAGUCAAAGGCUCGGAUGGUGGCGCGUACGAAGUUCGGGCAGAAAACGAACUUGGAAUGGUCCUUAGCAAGAGCAAAGUCAUCGUUCUCACUAAAACGGAAGGAAGCACCGAAACGAUCGAGGAAGAAACGAAGUCAAAGAAGAUUGAGAUAGAGGAAAUAGAAAUGGAGAAACAGCAAGCUGAAGAAUCAGGCCCGGAAGGUCGGUUCGCGUUGAAGAGAGAGAAGGUUGAGGUAGUACGAGACGAAGCUGACAAAGUUACCAUCACCGUAGCAUCAACGACGACUCAUCAGUCAACGCUGACAGGUCCGGACGAGAGACACACGAUCAGCAAGAUGACCGCGACGAAGGUCGAGUUUCAGGAGUUAAGCUCGGAAGGACCGACGGUCGAGGAAAUAGGAUCUUACAGUUACACGGUGCAAGAUGAGAACGGACCGCAGAAGGCACAGAACGGUGUCUUCAUCGAGGAAUUCUCGGAGACCAGCGACAAUAGCCGGUCGAGACUGCAAGUGAAUCGUGGCGUAUCGAUAAUUUCGGUAUCGGACGACGAAUCUACUUUGAAAGCCAUCUCCAGGGAUGUUAGCAUGGACGACGUCCGAUAUGCCGAACUAACGGACGAUCUUAAAUUAACAAACGGCUCUUCCGAAGAAUUCAAGAAUGUCGACGGCCGUACAAUCGAGAAAAAUGUCUUGGACGAGGUCAAGCCUCUCAGACCGUCCAGAUUGAACGAGACGAUAAUCGAGGAAGAGUCAUUUUCCACAAAAGCUAGCGAAAUGACUUUGAGCCAAUCACAAAAAGAGGAUAGCGGAUUGAUCAGGCAGAAUUCGAAAUUAGAGAAAGCAGAGUCCGUAGAAUCGUAUAAAGCAGAAAGAAAUACGAUCUCGAAAGAAAACUUACAAAAGGGAGUUCUAGUGGGUGAAGAAGAGGUCGACGAAGAACUCGAGGCUCUUCUAGAUCGCGUUAAACGACAGCGUACCGUUCUUAACGAAAUUCUCGAUAAGGAACAAGGUGUGGAAUCAGCACCACCCCAUAUAAUAGAAUCGUCGUUAAAGAAUCGGAUGAUCUUUGAAACGCAAAACACCACCUUCGAGGUCACUACCACCGGUUUGCCAAGACCUGAUGCAAAAUGGUUCAAGGACGGCAAGAUUCUCAGAACUGGAGAACGUAUACGUAUCACCAAUGCAGGAGACAAGUAUGAGCUCGAAUUAAGCAAAGCCACGCUCCAAGAUGCCGGUCUUUACGAGUGUAUCUUUACAAAUAAACUUGGUGAAGAUAUUGUACAAGGACAAUUGGAGGUAGGCACGGUCAAUGAUCUACGAAAACCGCGAUUCAUAGAACCCCUUAGCGACGUUGACAUUGCGGAUGGUACAAAUGGAGAGUUCAAAGCUAUAUUUACGGCUGAUCCCGUUCCCGAAAUAAUUUGGUUUUACAAUGGAUUGGAAAUUUCUAAUGAUGAUUCAAGAAUCAAAUGGAAGAUGGACAAUAAGCUUGUGUCGGAUAAAUUGACCGAAAGUACUAUUACAUUGAAUAUACCUAAGUGUGGAAAAGACGAUACCGGAGAUUAUACACUCAAGCUGGAAAAUAAAUGGGGUCAAGCUGAAAGCAGCGCCCUUUUGAAUCUUCUAUUGCAACCGAAUAUCGAAGAAUUUAAAGAUCUCACUGCACCAGUUGACGAACCAGCCGUAUGGGAGGCAAUAAUCAAAGGAAAUCCAAAGCCUGAGAUAACGUGGUCAAAGGACAACGAAGAAUUGACAAUAGGCAAUGAAUUUGAUACGGAAGAAGAUAGAAGGAAUAACAAGUACAAACUUCUCAUUAAAAAUGUUAAUGUAGAACAUGGUGGAACAUAUACGGUUUACGCAAAAAAUUAUUUGGGCGAAUCGAGCGCACAAGCUUUACUAACUGCUCACCUUGAAUCACCGCUCUUUUUGAAGGAGCUAUCUCAAGUUUCCAUAGGUGAUCGCCAAGAUAUUGAAUUGAAAGUUCGAGUAUCCGGUAUACCAAAACCAAAGAUCUCUUGGCUAUUGAACGAUGUACCAAUAAUGCAAGAUGCACGCCACGAAGUGAUAACUCACGUCGAGGGUCUCAUCGACAGCACUCUGUACAUUAAAACGUUUUCGGCCGAUGACAUAGGAAUAAUAAGUUGCAUAGCUAGCAGCAUCGCAGGAACUAUACAAACUAGUUGCGAAUUAAGUAUGGUUUUCGAAGCGCCCAGUCACGUAACUUUACCAAAGUGUCUAAAUAUGGAUGAAGGAGAACCAUUCGAACUCAAGGCCAAAGCGGACGGUAGCCCGAUACCUUUGAUGUCUUGGUUUAAAGAUGGUGAAUUACUCACACCUAACGAUCAUAUUCAGAUCGAAAAUUAUCCGGAUGGUACUACGAAACUGACAAUUGAGAAUGUAAUACCCGCGGAUUCUGGAGCUUACAAAUUGGUUGCUUCUAAUGCAAUGGGAGAACAAAGUGCACUUUGCGCAGUUGCUGUCACGCCUGCCACAAGAAGUCCAACAUUUACAAAGCCUUUGGAAGAUGUAAAAGCUAUCGUGGGACAGCCUCUCAAGUUACAAGCUCAAGUCGUUGCAUUUCCGAAUCCUCACGUUCAAUGGUUCAAGGACGGUAUACCGCUGAGAUCAACAAAAGAAUUUAAUUUCAUAAACGAGCCAAAUGGUCUUAUUGGUCUAAUAAUCGAUAAAGUGCGACCAGAAGAUACAGGUACUUACUCCGUGGUCGUAUCUAAUAAACUCGGAGACAUUACCGGAGAAGCUAAGGUUGAGGUAGAGGAAAAAGAAAAGAGGCCAGAUUUCGUUGGAAGUCUUCAACCACUUUCCGUGGUCGAAAACUUGCCGGCGAAACUGGAAGUGAAAGUAAUUGGUAAACCAACGCCCGAACUCCAGUGGCUGCACAAUGGCGAAGAGAUUGUGCCGGAUGGAAAGCACUUGAAUAUCGUUAGUCAGCCGGAUGGUACUCACGCAUUAAUCAUCGACAAAGCAACUCUUGAAGAUGCAGGAGAAUAUCAAGUUGUAGCUGGAAAUACCGAAGGAACGGCAUCUUGCAAAGCGAAACUCGAUAUAGUUGGCAAAUUGAGAGAGGACAUUCCACAAGAGAAGCCUGCAUUCUUAACUUUGUUACGAGAUAUUUCGGUCGAGGAAGGCCAACCACUAUUAUUAAGUGCCUCUUUCAAUGGCAAUCCAAUACCAGAUAUUACGUGGACGAAAGACGGACAACCGUUAGAACCAUCUCAACGAGUGAUGAUGACGUGUGAUGGAAAAAAGGUAACUUUAGAGAUCAAUCCAUCCGAUGUCAAUGAUCAAGGAGUUUAUACUUGUUGUCUGACAAAUCCACUCGGCGAAGAUACAACUAACGCAAAUGCCAACAUCAGAAAGAUCUUCCAAGCGCCAAGCUUUAUACAAAAUUUCACGGAUCUUCAACAACUUCCUAACUUUGAUGCUAAAUUCCCAGCUAAAAUUAGCGGUAUACCAAAGCCAGAUGUUACAUGGUAUUUCAAGGAUCAACCAAUACUUAAAGAUAAUGACAAAUACAAGAUCAAAAGAGACACUGAUGCCUGUUGCUUGUACAUUAAGGAUUGUACGUACGAUGAUAGUGGAAUUUACAAAUGCAAAGCAGUUAACAGAGCUGGCGAAGCUGAAUGUUCGGCAAAAUUGGCAAUCAUUGAUAAGAUUGAAAAAAUGCAAAAGAUAGAACCACCGGCAUUCUUGAAGAGGAUCGGCGAUUGUGAAGUUUACAAAGGAAUGCAAGCAAAGUUCACAGCUUGCAUCACUGGUAUCCCUGAACCGGAAUUCGAAUGGUUUCGUAAUGGUGACAAAUUGUGGCAAACUGAUCGUAUAAGAAUAGAUCAAGAAGGUAGUUUACUUCGUUUGACGAUAGCCAAUGUCGAUGAAAUGGACGGAGGUACAUAUCUAUUAAAAAUACAAAAUCCUCAUGGAAAAGACGUAUGUACCGCUGAAAUGAUCUUUGACUCUCUCGAGCCACGUACAAAGAGACCGUUAGUAUCACAGUAUAUGGAAUUUGAUAAAUAUCAAAAGACAGGAAUACCAUGGCCCCUAGCAGAUAGACCAAUCAUUAGUCGUAUGAUGGAUCGACAUUUGACACUUUCUUGGAAGCCUUCCAUCCCGUUAGGACCACGCGCACCGGUGACAUAUCUCGUAGAAAUGUGCGAACUACCGGACGGUGAUUGGUUCACCGCUCGAUCCGGAUUACGCAGUUGUGUCUGCGACAUUCGCAAUUUAGAACCUUUCCGUGACUACAAGUUCCGUAUACGAGUAGAGAAUAAAUAUGGCAUCAGCGAUCCUUCACCAUUUGCACAAACCUACCGAGCGAAAUUAGAACCCGAUCCACCCAAAUUCUUCCCUUAUUUGCCACCUGGUAUUGAUUUUCGCCCAGAGACCAGUCCUUAUUUCCCCAAAGACUUCGAUAUCGAGAGACCGCCCUACGAUGAAUAUGCUCAAGCACCUAAAUUCCUUCGUCAAGAAUACGAUGUUCAGUAUGGCGUAAAGAAUCACAAUUGCAGUCUCUUCUGGUUCGUGUAUGGCUAUCCAAAGCCAAAAAUGACCUAUUAUUUCAAUAAAGAAUUGAUCGAGUCUGGCGGUCGAUACGAUCAAAGCUAUACAAGAAACGGGCAGGCAACUCUGUUCAUCAACAGAAUGCUUGAGAGAGACGCAGGCAUAUACGAGGCCGUUGCCACCAAUGAACAUGGAGAGGCACGUCAGCGUGUUUUCUUACAAAUCGCAGAAUAUCCAACGUUUAUUAUAAGACCCGAAGAAAUUAUUGUGAUGGUACGAAAAUCUGGUCAAUUGACGGCACGUGUUACGGGUAUUCCAUUUCCUGAAAUCAAAUGGUACAAAGAUUGGAAACCGAUUACUAGCACUUCGAGGGUUCAGAUACAUUUCGUCGAACCGGAUACAUCUAUUUUAACAAUUAACGAAGCGAUCGUCAAGGACGAGGGAUUAUAUUCGAUUAGCGCGAGAAACAUAGCCGGAUCGAUAUCGCAUUCGGUCAUGAUACACAUAGAAGAAAAUGAAUACGAUUAUGUCUACAGAACGUAUAAGAGAAAGACUGAAAUUAAAUUGCGUACCGAUAAACCCUACAAUGACGUCUAUGAUUUGGGUGACGAAUUGGGUCGUGGUACUCAAGGUAUUACGUAUCACGCCGUAGAGAGAUCUACUGGAAGAAAUUAUGCUGCUAAAGUUAUGCACGGACGUGGAGAGCUGAAACCGUUUAUGUAUAACGAGUUAGAAGCCAUGAAUCAUCUCAAUCAUCGAAAAUUAUUACGCCUGCAAGAUGCUUACGAGACCGACAAAUCGGUCACUUUGAUCAUUGAACUAGCUGCCGGUGGGGAAUUAGCAGAUGUUCUAACUAAACAACCGCAUUAUACUGAGGCAGAAAUUUCCGGAUAUAUACGACAAUUACUCUAUGGCCUUGAAUAUAUGCACGAUAAUCACUAUGCACAUCUUGGUCUAACACUUGGAGAUCUUCUGAUCUCUCACACAGGUGGCGAUGAUCUAAAGAUCAGUGAUUUCGGUUUAACUCGAAGAAUAACACAAACGAAAUUGAUGUUAUUAUCCUACGGUAUGCCGGAAUAUGUUGCUCCAGAAGUCACAAACAACGAAGGUGUCGAUUAUGCCGCGGAUAUGUGGUCUGUCGGUAUCAUAACGUACAUCCUUUUAUCUGGAAUUUCACCAUUCAGAGGUGUCAACGACAGAGAAACAUUAACGAAGAUCAGACAAGGAGCUUGGGACUUUGACGACCGCUGGAAAAAUAUUUCUAACGAAGCCAAAGACUUUAUUCGUAGUUUGUUGGUCUACAAUGUUGAUAAACGAAUGAAUAUUAAGGCCGCUCUUAAGCAUCCUUGGUUGGAAUACGCAGACAAAUCACCAUUAGAUUUAUAUAAAAUACCAUCUGAAUAUUUGAAGACCUAUUACGAACUUUACAGAGAUUGGUAUAGCAACGCUUCCUGCCGUACGUGGUACCGCAGACGCAAACUCAGUAGUGCGUUUGAACACCCGUCGAAGAUGGUUUAUCCUCCGGGUCAUAAAUAUACGCCUGAGCCAAGUGUCGAACGGUACAGUCCGAUAGGAAAACCUGUCCCUAGAACUUGGGAAAAUCAGGUACCUUCGAGAGAACCAAUCGACACAGAAAUUGGACUGAUUAAGAGCGAGAGUCACUAUCAGUACGGUCCAGAUACUUAUCUUCUACAGCUUCGAGAUACUGACUUCCCAGUACGAUUACGUGAAUACAUGAAAGUCGCCUGUAAUCGCAGUCCAGGAUAUUCCCGUACGAUCACUGAAGAAAAUGGCUACGAUUGGAAGACACCAAUAAUACGCGAACGCCGUCGUUUUACCGACAUCAUGGACGAAGAAAUCGACGACGAACGAAGGGCCAGGAUAAAUAAAUAUGGAUCACCCGAUACAUUUACGUUGAGACGAUUGAAACACGAAUUAGGCACUCGUCUCGAUAGUUAUGUUGAGGCUGAAGCCAUGAUAGAAUCGAAAAAGGAAGGAAAUCUACCAUUCUUCCGUGAGAAACCGCAAAUACGACCGAUCGAGGAAGGAAAGGUAGCGCAAUUGAUGUGCCUUGCAGUAGGUGAUCCAAAACCGCUAAUACAGUGGUACAAAAAUGACAUUGUCGUUCAAGAGACUAAAAGAAUAAAGAUCACGGAAGACGAAGAUGGCAGAUCGAUUCUCAGUUUCACUCCCGCAAAGGAACACGAUGCCGGGAUAUAUAAGGUGGUGGCAAGGAACUCCCUUGGACAGACAGUAGCCAGAACUAGAAUGUUAAUAGCUACGGUUCCCUGUGGUCCUGAUUCGCCAGAGGCUACCGAAAUAUCGGAUACUCAAGUACUUUUACGUUGGAAACAACCGAAAUACGAUGGCAAUUCUGCCGUAUUAUGCUAUAAUCUUCAAUAUAAAGAAGCCGAUUCUAUCACGUGGAUAGACAUUGGUUUUAAUAUAGAUCACGAAUUUUAUCUAGUCCGAGAUCUCAAGCAAGACGUUUCUUACAUUUUCCGUUUAGCAGCGCGAAAUCGUAUUGGAUGGAGCGAAAAGGGUAUUCCAUCGAAAGUAAUCAAAACAAGACCACCUGGUAUACCUCAGAUACAGAUAACCAGUGCUAUGAGACAUCUUCAGGAAUUAACAGAGUCUGGACAAGAGAUCGUACUAGAGGAGGAUAAGCCUCAUAUAAAUUAUUCUGUCGAGGAACAGCCGAUCGAAUGGUCGACUGAAACAUUAACAAACAAAUACAGUUUCAUUUCUGAAUUAAGCCGUGGUCAAUUCUCUGCUGUGGUCAAGGGAAUCGACAAGUCCUCGGAUCGCGUAAUAGUCGCUAAGAUUUUGGAUCUUAGGCCAGAAAUUGAAAAGCAAGUAAAUAGAGAAUUCGAAGCUCUACGUUCUCUCAGGCAUGAGAGAAUAGCUCUUUUAGAGGCAGCAUAUAAAGCACCCGGGUCAUCGUUAGCUGUAUUCAUUUUGGAGAAGCUUCAGGGUGCCGACAUUCUCACGUAUUUCUCUAGUCGACACGAGUAUACUGAGAAUUGUGUGGCCAUGGCUAUAACGCAAAUAUUAGACGCGUUACAAUAUCUUCACUGGCGAGGAUAUUGCCAUUUAGAUAUUCAACCGGACAAUGUGGUUAUGGCCUCCGUUAGGACAGUUCAAGUCAAAUUAGUAGACAUGGGCACUGCACAGAAAGUUAGUAAACUCGGCACGAUGGUACCAAAGGCAGGUCACCGUGAAUAUAGAGCACCAGAAGUAUACAAUGAAGAACCUGCAUAUCCGCAAACAGACAUUUGGAUGGUCGGUGUUCUUGCAUACGUUUUAUUAUCCGGAGUAUCGCCGUUCCGUGGCGAUGAUGCCACCGAAACGAGACAAAAUAUUUUAUUUGUUAGGUACAGAUUCGAAUAUCUUUACAAAGAAAUUAGCCAAGAGGCUACGCGCUUCCUCAUGUUGGUCUUCAAACGUGCACCGAAUAAAAGGCCGAUGGCUGAGGAAUGCCACGAACACAGAUGGUUAUUACCAUCGGAAUUUAUGAUCAAAAAGCGCGAAAGGUCUGUCUUUUUAGGUAACAGAUUAAAAGAAUAUAACACCGAAUAUCACGAAGAAAAAGAGAAAUUGGCAUCGGAAAGCCAAAGCCUUGCAAGCGAAAGCCUUUUAGGUUCCACUCAAAAACUUAUAAGAUCAACGAGCAUACAAGAAGAAUUGCUUACAACGGUCUAACGAUAAAAUUAUUCUUAAGAUACGAUUUUUCCAAUUAAUUUUCUCCGUAUGACUGUAAAGUAUCAGAAAAGCAUCUAGUCAGUCGUUAAGAGAGCAAGGAUGAGCAAUAGGGAAUGGAUUAAAAGAAUAUCAUACAAAAAUAUCCCGUUCCUUGUUUUCUUUUUUGUUAUUAUUUAUUUGUUACAACGUAUAAUUAAUUAUAUCGAAUAUUAUAUCAUCAAUUCGAACAUGAAUUUCAUUAAAGAAAAUCAUGAAAUUUCGACUAUUCAGUAUUCCGAUCAAUUUAAAUGGUUACAAUGGACACAAUGGUAUUGCAACUACGAAUGUACCAACGAAUUAGUUGACAUGAUUCAUAUCCUUUCAAAUUGUACAAAAAUCGUUACAUAAUAUAAUAAAUAAAUAUGAAAUAAUAAACGCAA